AUGGUGCAUCACAUCCUUCAGGAGACACAUGGUGGAUCACAUCCUCCAGGGGACACAUGGUGGAUCACAUCCUCCAGGGGACACAUGGUGGAUCACAUCCUCCAGGAGACACAUGGUGGAUCACAUCCUCCAGGAGAACACAUGGUGGAUCACAUCCUCCAGGAGACACAUGGUGGAUCACAUCCUCCAGGAGACACAUGGUGGAUCACAUCCUCCAGGAGACACACGGUGGAUCACAUCCUCCAGGAGACACAUGGUGGAUCACAUCCUCCAGGUGACACAUGGUGGAUCACAUCCUCCAGGAGACACAUGGUGGAUCACAUCCUCCAGGGGACGCAUGGUGGAUCACAUCCUCCAGGAGACACAUGGUGGAUCACAUCCUCCAGGAGACACAUGGUGGAUCACAUCCUCCAGGAGACACAUGGUGGAUCACAUCCUCCAGGAGACACAUGGUGGAUCACAUCCUCCAGGGGACGCAUGGUGGAUCACAUCCUCCAGGAGACACAUGGUGGAUCACAUCCUCCAGGAGACACAUGGUGGAUCACAUCCUCCAGGAGACACAUGGUGGAUCACAUCCUCCAGGAGACACAUGGUGGAUCACAUCCUCCAGGAGACACACGGUGGAUCACAUCCUCCAGGAGACACAUGGUGGAUCACAUCCUCCAGGUGACACAUGGUGGAUCACAUCCUCCAGGAGACACAUGGUGGAUCACAUCCUCCAGGGGACGCAUGGUGGAUCACAUCCUCCAGGAGACACAUGGUGGAUCACAUCCUCCAGGAGACACAUGGUGGAUCACAUCCUCCAGGAGACACAUGGUGGAUCACAUCCUCCAGGAGACACAUGGUGCAUCACAUCCUCCAGGAGACACACGGUGGAUCACACCCUCCAGGAGACACAUGGUGGAUCACAUCCUCCAGGGGACUCGAGGAUGGCAUGGAACGCCUUCUCGUAAGAAACACAAAACUAGAAAAGGUCAAGAAAAAUAUGCAUCAAGGCUUGUACCUGAACUAAGGGACAAGAGCUACGAGAGAGACCUGUGGAACUGGACCUUAUUUUACUGA